UCUCAGGACAUUAGCCCGACAGGGCACUUGCUUGUCCCGCCCUCAGUUUGGCAUUCUAUACAGACAGUGAGUAGAUGUGCCGAGUGUGUCUGUGUACACUUGUGUCUGUUGUUUUAAUAUGUAGUUAAAUGCUAUGUUGUGUGUGUAUGUGUCCUAUAGCCUUCAUGUGUUCUAAAUUCAGUUUUUCUCUCUGGCUCUAAGUGCUGUUCCAAUGGGAACCACAGCAAAUGAUGAAAUGAACAAGUUUUGGGCCAAAAACAACAAAUUGAACCGACCCAUGUCGCCACAUCUGACCAUCUAUAAGUAAGUAGGCUAUGUGUGAUAAUGAAUAAAUAAACUCACACUGCACCUCAGCAAUAGCUGUCUGUGUCGAAUUUCAGUUGUGAAUGGUGCCGAGUUGCUUGAAUUGUCUGAGUUGCUUGAUUCUGUUUGUACACUCCAUUGAGUCUCCAGGCCAUCACAGAUAUUCAUCCCAUGGAAAGACCAUAGACACAGCUUUGAUUCAGUGCAUUGUGACAUUGUUUAUGGAUCAGGGGAGCACAACUACCUGUAAAGCACAAAACAACCAUUCCUCACAAGAUAAUUUACUCAUUUAUGUAUGUAAUGAUCCUUUAUCACUUUUGCUAGACCAGCUAGGCCACAGAUGUGUAUUAGAUUAAACGUCAGGUGACAUGGCCGGGAAAAACUCAGGCCCCCAAUUUGAACUUGAUAGGUUUUAUAUCCAGUGUGAACUACAAAUGCUGUGUUUGUAUACUGUAUGUGUGAUGGCCAUGUUGUCAUUGUACCCUGUGUCUUGCAGGUGGUCAAUGCCUAUGAUGAUGUCCAUCACACACAGAGGCACAGGAGUGGGGCUCAGUGGAGGUAAUGUAAUAAACCAACCUUGUACAGUAUGUAGAAAGGCCCACAUGAUCACAGACCUCCAAACAUAUAUUUAUUGUUUUCUCUCUCUCGUUCUCUCUCUCAUUCUUUUAUUCUCUCUCAUUAUUUUAUUCUCUUUCUCUCUCUCUCUCUCUCGCAGGUAUCUCAGCAUUUGCUCUAUUAGCAUUGGUGUUGCCAGGUAACUACCCAUACUACCUUGACCUGAUCCACUCCCUGUCCAUUGGCCCUGCUCUGCUCAGCCUUGCCAAGUUCGGCAUUGCCUUCCCUGUGUCCUACCACACCUUGAACGGAAUCCGCCAUCUGGUAAGAUCUGUGUCCACAGCGCACAACAACACUAGUCAACACUAUCUGUCAGUCCUUGUUUUUGUCUUUCCUUAAUAUCCACCUUUUCUUUCUCUCUCUGUUAGUUCUGGGAUAGCGGUAAGGGAUUUAAGAUUCCCGAGGUGUAUCGCUCGGGCUACGUGGUCAUUGUGCUGUCAAUACUGACCUCCAUUGCUGCCAUUGCAUACAUGUGAGCAGCAUGAUGAGAGCAGAGAAAAGGAGGACAGGAAGAGAGAGAGGGGGCGGAGACAAUAUGGACACGAGGGAUGAAGGAUACGUUAAAAAACGAAUUGAUGGAUAAAUAAAUAAAUAUGUCUAACCAAAAAUUUUUUUGUGUUUUAUCAUGGAAAGGCAUAGCCUGGUCAGACUAACCGCUGCGCUCACGUUUUGUUUCACUUAGGUAAGUAAAACAGAAUAUGAGCUAUUGCGAGAUCAGUCAGGUUUCACAAGGCUAGAAAAGGAUAUUGUUGUGUGAUGGGGAAAUGAAACUGAAAUAAUGCAAAUAUGACCAUAAUAGCACCCUGUUUGUUAUCUAACUGAACAAUAAUGUCACCAUCUCAAAUGGCUCACUAUGAAAUCCACUACUUUUGACAAAGGGCCCAUAGGUCAAAAGUAGUGCACUAUAUAGUAAACAGGUUGCC